AUGUUGAAAAUGGCUGAGGAGCACGACAAGUGCACGGGCGGGCAACCGUGCAGCCCCGCGGGCACCAGCAGCUCCAUGUCCCAGGAUGAGUCUGACUCGGACGCGCCGUCCUCGCCGACCGGCUCCGACGGCCACGCCGCGUCUCUGCUCGCCGGCUUGGGCAAAAAGUUGGACUCGGAGGAUGACGAACGCUUUCCGGCUUGCAUCCGUGACGCCGUGUCGCAGGUACUCAAGGGAUACGACUGGUCCCUGGUGCCCAUGCCGGUGCGAGGGAACGGCGCGCUCAAGAAUAAGCCGCACGUCAAGAGGCCCAUGAACGCCUUCAUGGUUUGGGCGCAGGCGGCCCGCAGGAAGCUGGCCGACCAGUACCCGCACCUGCACAACGCAGAACUCAGCAAGACGCUGGGCAAACUCUGGCGUUUGCUUUCCGAGAGCGAAAAGAGGCCGUUUGUGGAUGAGGCUGAGCGCCUGAGGGUUCAGCACAAGAAAGAUCACCCGGACUACAAGUACCAACCCAGGCGGCGGAAGAACGUCAAGCCGGGCCAGAGCGACUCGGACUCUGGUGCCGAGCUGGCCCAACAGCAACAGCAGCAUCCUCAUCAUCAUCACCACAUGUAUAAAGCCGAACCCGGGAUGCCUGGACUUGGCGGGAUGGGCGAUGGGCAUCACCACCACCCUGAUCAUACAGGUCAACCUCACGGUCCCCCGACCCCGCCCACCACCCCAAAAACGGACGCCCACCACGGCGCCAAGCACGAAUCGAAGCACGAAGGGCGGCGCCUGGCUGACGGCGGCAGGCAGAACAUCGACUUCAGCAACGUGGACAUCUCCGAGUUAAGCACGGACGUCAUCAGCAACAUGGAGGCCUUCGACGUGCACGAAUUCGACCAGUACCUGCCGUUGACCGCCGCCUCUUCUGCUGCGGAGCAUGCGUCUUAUAGCGCCUCCUAUGGCGGCUCGGCGUGGAAUCGCAAGAACGCCGCGACCUCGUCGCCCCCCGAGCACCGCCUCCACAUCAAAACGGAGCAGCUGAGUCCCAGCCACUACAACGAGCACUCGCCCUCGCAAGCGGACUACGGCGCCGCGUAUAACGGCCAGGCCUGCGCGGCCCCUUCGCCGGCCCCUUUCACCGCCUCUCAGUGUGACUAUACCGACCUGCAGAGCUCCAACUACUACAACCCUUACUCCGGCUACCCCUCCAGCCUCUACCAGUACCCUUACUUUCACUCGCCCAGGCGGCCCUACGGCAGCCCCAUCCUCAACGGCCUCUCGGUGGCGCCCGCUCACAGCCCGGCCGCUUCCGGCUGGGACCAGCCCGUCUACACCACGCUGACGCGACCUUAA